GAUCUGUGCCGCUAUUUGAGGCAUAAUUACAUAAAGCAGCUUCUAGAGCAAGCUUACCAACUUUACCAAACGCAAUCGAACGGUGGUGGUGGUGGCGGCGGUGGUGUGACCGUCAAUGGCGGUGCUCUCCAUAGCGGUGGCCGUCGCCCUGGUUUUCGUCUACGCCCUCGCCUUCGUCCUCGCCAUCGGCGCCGAGAUGCGCCGCAGCACUGGCACGGUGGUGGUCGAUAAGUACGACGAGAGGACGUACUGCGUCUAUGAUUCGGAUGCCUCCACGGCCUACGGGCUGUCAGCGUUCGUGCUCAUUCUGCUGACCCAGGUGGCUGUGAGCGCCGCCACCCGCUGUCUUUGCUGUGGCGGAGGUCUCGCUGCAGGUGGAUCCAGGACCUGCGUUAUCUCUACUUUUGUCGUCUCCUGGAUAAGUUUUCUUGUUGCGGAAGUUUGUCUUCUUGCAGCAUCGGCACGAAAUGCAUACCAUACAAAGUAUGUGGGAUAUUUUCUCAAGAAAGAUUUAACAUCAUGUGCCAAUCUGCGCAAGGGAGUCUUUGCAGCAGGAGCUGCAUUUGUGCUGAUUAACAUGAUGGCAUCGCUUCUUUACUACUGGAAAUACUCCAGGGCUAACACAGGCGGAUGGAUAAAGCACCAAAAUGAGGGCGAUGUUGGAAUGGCAGAAUUAGCUGAAAAAUAAAUACCGAAAUGCAAAUGGCAAAUGCGUGAAGCUGUCAUGUCUGCUCUUUCUUUUUCUGUGUAAUUUGUUAUAUAUAUAUAUAUAUAUAUAUAACAUUCUAAGGGACCUGUUAGUUAUUGUUAUCAAAGCAAGAAAGUCUCUCCUCGUCGAAGGUUGUCUUUUAAGUGCUUGUUUGCUUUGUAUUGUAUUGAAGUAUCGCAGUUGAUAAACAUUCCAGUUAGUGCAUUUCUUCUCUCGUCGCUUA